AUGUUGGGAAACCCUAAUAAACGUAUACCUCCAGGAUUUAUAAUUUUAUUUUUUUUUAUUAUUCUACAGCGCAACUGGGAAUACGAGCCCUUAUCCUUGACAUCCUAUACCUCCGAUGAGAAGCUUAUGAAGAUUACGACAAAGGUUGAUCGUCUGGGACGCAGUGAGUUUGCGUUUUCCAUGACGCUAGACUGGAACUAUGAUGCGGAUAUGGACACUAUGGUGGAAGCUGACGUAUUUCACUGCUCGUCUGGAGAUGAGGAAGACUAUAAAAUGAUGCCCUGGUCUAUUCCCCAACAACCCUUUUUCGAGUAUCUAAAUGGCUUUUACAAGGACGCUUUUAUCAAGAAUGUGGGCCAUUGCUCAAAUAUGGUCCAAUUUGAAGGCGAUUUUGUACCCCCAUGGCCCCGAAAUGUUUAUAAGCUCGAUAAGUGUGUGGCGAAUGGCGAAGGAUUACCGGAAAUCGCACCCGAGGGUUAUUUCAAAUUAGUUUAUAAGACCACAGGACAGGUCGACUGGGGUUUCACCCUGAUCGUUAAAGUCACGCACAAGUUGAUUUAAUGUUGUAAUUU